CGACCUCUCAUCACCUCAACUUUCCACAGGCUGCCAGAGCAAAGACACACACUGCUAAAUUUAGGAGACAAGCGUAAACCUCACCCUCCCUCCUGCAGUCCAAGCCUUCAAGCCCAGGCACGGCUGUAUAAAAGGCAGCCACUCUUUUUAGCCUGGCAGUAUUGGGUUAGGAAGCAGCAGGCACUGUUAGUAAGGAACUAUUCUACCAGGGCACAGGAACGAUCAACAUUUUAUUAGAUUGUUUACUUUCACUGCUAAGCCUAUCUCACCCUGGUUCAUGGUUUUGUUUUGGUGAUCCGGCGACUGCUUUGUAAAUGAGCAUUAAGAACUCGUCUGCUUUUCGAUCGGAGCGCAGUUUCCACCAGAGCUCUUCUUCUUCUUCUUCUUCCUCUUCCUCCUCCUGCAGUGACCCUCACAUGGAGAAGUCGCGAGGCAUCCUCGGGGACGACUUUGGGUCAUUCCUCAGGACCCGGGAUGAGCCGCUGGGCUUCGCAGGUCGUGCCAACAGCACCGGGAACAUCAAGACCCUGGGGGACACCUAUCAGUUCACAGUGGACGUGAGCGACUUCUCCCCCGAAGACGUCAUCGUCACCACGUCCAACAACCAGAUUGAGGUCCAUGCUGAGAAGCUCGCUGCAGACGGCACGGUGAUGAAUACCUUCACCCAUAAAUGCCAGCUGCCCGAGGACGUGGACCCCACCUCAGUGACCUCCGUGCUGGGGGACAACGGCUCCCUCACCGUCAAGGCCCGCCGGCACCCAGCCAAGCACAGCGAGCACGUGCAACAGACCUUCCGGACUGAGAUCAAAAUCUGAGCCGCUCCCCCUGCUCCCCUCAUCACCACCAACACGGGGGCCAUCAAGACACAAUACCAGUCGCUUGAGUUUCUCAAUGUAGUUAUGUGAGAUCUGCCCUGGACCCUGUCUCUAUAAAAGUGGUCUCCUAGAAUAGGUGCCUUUUCCGUUUUGACUUUUAUUACCAUGCUGUACAUGUAGCACACGUCCCAGUAUACCAUCAAUUUGGACUGAUACAUCCUGCAAUACUAGUUUGAUUCCCAGUUCCAUAUAGAUAGAUAUCACACAGCAUAUAUCAUCUAUAUAUUCAAUAAUCAAUUCUGAGCUGAGUGACAGUCAAAUAGACAAACGUUUGAAUCAAACCCUUAGCUUCUUAUAGUUUUAUCUGAGGUGGUAAAUCAUAUACAUCACUCUUAAUGCACAGCUAAUUUCGGAUGCCCUCUGGAGACGAGGCUCCUCUCACCGCACGUUUAGAAGCAGCUGUCACAGUUUUGUAAAUAACAUGUAUUUAUACUUUUGUUUUUAUUUUUUUUAACAUAAUGUGAAUGCUGAAUGCUGGACGUGCAUUUCUCUCCUGUUAGACUGGCAAGUGCCUAUCAAUCAAGUAUUCAAACCAGUUACUUUGCUCAUCAGAUACAGACUGACAGAUGGGGAUGUGGAGGACACAGCGCUUUCAAUUGUGGAAGCCUGGAUCUAAUCCAUCCCACAUGUUACUCUCAUGUUGAGUCUCCACUGAUCUCUCUUCAUGUUCAUGUUGUCCAUGGUUCAUGGAUAUAACAGUGAAGGUCCAAUUUUUGUAGGUAUGGUCUAACUAUCAGUGAAUCCUUUGCUGUCAGAAACAUGGCUUAUCCUCAUGGAUAAUAACAAACAUAGACCAUGACUUUUCCAUGGGUUAAUAGUAAAUGAUCAUGACUUUUGUGAUGGUCAUAUGAGGGCAAGGUAAACAGGACUACAGUGGACAGAUACCCACAUCUGCAUUAGAUUUCCGAUCACUGAUCAUUGAUCUCAUGGUUUCUGUUUAGAAGUGCCAGUUAGGUUCAAUUUAACAUUCACACACAGAGCCGAAUUGGAGUUUCCCAGGUCAUUCAAAUGGAAGUCUGUCUUUCAGUGCUAUAGUUCAUAAUUAUUUAACAUAGUCCUGGGCUCCCCCUGUAACCCAAGCUCCCAGCCCUGUCUGCACUGCUUUUUGCUUUAUUCUAGAGUUUUGAUCUUGACGUUUUCUAUUGAUCGAUUAAUCAUAUGAUCUACGAUUGAUUAAUCGAUUCAUCACACCUGUUGAUAUGAAAUUGUAUUGAAAGACAGUUACAAGUAAUACAAAGUGUUAACAUGAUACUAUUUACAUACAUAAUGUAUAUUUGCUAACAUGUAAUUUAACAGUUUGAAAAUAUUUGCUUACAUGUAAUUGAAAGUAAACCAAAGUCUUUAGAAGUACCCUGUGGCAUUUUUUAAGAUAUAUUUUUUGUGCACCGUUUUUUCAUCCCGCACUCAGGUAGACAAGAUUAAUAAUCGAUCAAUUACUUCUUAAUCGAGCUCACAAGUGUGGUUAAUCAAUUAAUCAUGAAUCGAUUAAAACCCCUACUUUUAUUCAUAGUGCAGGAGAGGCAGAGAGAGUGCCAAGUCAAGUUUAUUCUCACAUCAGUGUAUAUGUUCCAUUCUGUCUGGUUGUUCAAAGCUCUAGAAAUGCAUUGCUUUGCACAGAUCCUUCCUGUAGCUUUGAAGACCAAGGGCAAGGUGUGGUUUGUGUUAAACUAUUCUCACAUUUAGAUUCUGAAUAAACCUUGAUUGUGAGAGAA